AUGUCGGACAACCUGGACGUCUACGAUACGUUCGCGGCGGCCAUCAAUGCGACAAAGACAGCGAACGAUGCCUCCGAUGACAGAUUCGCAGCCGGAGGCUUCUUUCAUCUACCUGCGGCCUCACGGAAGCGCACAGCAACAGGGGGCAGCAACCCUGCGCUCGCAGGCCUUCGAGUCGGCGACAUCGAGGUCUCGCUCCCCAUCACGAGCGACACCCUGGCCGCGCUCGAUGCCGUCGCGGAGGCCGCGCCGUGCGGCCAGGGCAUGCAGACGCUGGUCGAUGAGGCGGUGAGGCGUGCACAGAAAAUCGACGGCGACCAGGUCACGCUGUCGGCGCCGCUGCAGCGCGCGCUCGAGGAGGAGGCGCAGCGCCUGGCGCAGAAGAGGCUCGGGGUCACGGGCGGCGUGCGCGCCAGCCUGCACCAGAUGUGUCUGUACACCCCCGGGGGGCACUUCGCGGAGCACCGCGACACGGAGAAGGAGGCGGGGAUGUUCGGGACGAUGGUGGUGCAGCUGCCGACGGAGGCGGGGCACGAGGGCGGGCGGCUGAUCGUGAGGCACGGCGACCAGCGGCGCAAGUUCUGCGGCCCAGCGGCGCCCGGGGCGCGCGAGGCGGUGGUGUGCGCGUUCUUCGCGGACUGCCUGCACCGGCUGACUCCGGUGACGGCGGGGCGGCGCGUGGUGCUGGCGUUCAACCUGGUGCGCGACGGCACAAGCAGCUCCGCCGCAGUGCGCGGCGAGUGCGCGGCGGCGCGCCACGCCCGCAAGUGGCGCGAGAGGCUCUCUCGGGCGGUGGAGGCGUGGACGACAGAGGGCGGAGCGCAGGACCGUCUUGUGGUGCCGCUGGGCCACAUGUACACGCAGCUGAGCCGGCCGAUGCGCGCGACUGACCUGAAGGGCACCGACGCGGACGUGGCGCGGAUGAUGCUGGGCGUGGAGGGCCUGGAGGUGGCCCUGGGGUGGGUUGAAUGCACGGAGCGCGGCGUGCCCGACGGGGACCCCGGCAACCCCAACGGCUGCCAGUACCCACGCGGGUAUGACAUUGAUGACCCGGAAGACGGCUUCGUGGACUACGACCACCAGGAGGGGGUGACGGGGCCCGAGGUGGACGCGCUGGGCAUGGAGGACGUCAUCGACACUGAGUGGAGCAUCAAGUGGACCUCGCUGCGGGACGGAGCCACGAGGAGCGACCACGGAGACAUCAAUGACGAGAGCGACGUGCUGCCGAGCGCGAGCGGCGACGACGAUUACUUCCUGGGCGAUGCGGUGGAGGCGACGUACUCGGGAUACAUGGGGAACUGGGGGCCGGACCUGACGCGUGUGUACCGCCGCCUGAUGCUUGAGUUGCGUCCGCAGGACGUGUAA